AUGGGUAGUCCCAAGGCCACAAAAGAAACCAGAGCAGUAGUUGUAGACAUUGGCACAGGUCACUUCAAGUGUGGCUUUGCAGGGGACCUGGGGCCUUCUUGUGUUGUCCCAUCUGAUAAGUACAUAUGGGUGGGGAGCAAUCAAAAAGGAACAUUUGUUGGACAAGAGCCUUGGAACAGCAAUGUGCCCUUCACACUCACUAACCAUAUAAAGCAUGACUUCGUUGUGGACUGGAGCUGCAUUCAAGAUACUUUGGAGCAUAUUUUCCAGAGAGAGAUGAAGAUUCAGGCAGAGGACCACGCUGCUCUGGUGUCAGUGCCUCUCUCAUGCCCCUUCACUUACAAAAGCAGGUAUGCAGAGAUGAUGCUCGAGGGAUUUCACAUGCCUGCCAUCCACAUUGCCUACCAGCCCCACUUAGCCAUGUUCUCUUACGGAAGAACCUCAGCUCUCGUGGUGGAAAGUGGCCAUGGAACUUCACAUGUAGUUCCCAUCUAUGAAGGUUACAUUUUAAAUGGCAUCACUAAGCAUGUAGCUUACGGUGGCUUGGACAUCACAUGUUUUCUCAGGAAGUUACUAAAUGAGUCUGGAACUGUGUUCACAGUGCAGCAGCUAAACAUUGUGCAAGACAUCAAGGAGAAGUGUUGUUACACUUCUCUGGACCUCACAGAGGACCUGAGUUUGCCUGUGGAACAACAAGAAAUAGGUUAUAAGUUGCCAGAUGGACGCCUCCUGACUGUAGGCAAGGAGAGAUUCCUGUGUGCUGAAGCGCUCCUCCAGCCAGCUCUACUUGGCUCACAAGAGCCAGGCCUUUCACAGCUGGCGCUUGCCUGCCUGAAGAAGCGUGAAUGUGGCAUCAUCAAAACAAUGAUGGGAAACAUCCUGCUGUGUGGGGGCAGCACCAUGAUAGAGGGCUUUGCUGACCGUUUCCAGCUGGAACUGGCCACAGCGUGCCCCAGUGACAGCCUUGGCAUAAGUGCAUCCCCUCACAGGAAGUUUUCUGUCUGGAUAGGGGGCUCCAUCCUGGCCUCGCUCCACUCUUUCCAGGACCUCUGGAUUUCCAGGAGUGUAUAUGAAGAAUAUGGUCCCCUUUGCAUCUGGAAGAAGUGUUUCUGA